AUGAGAAGACGUUUUUUCCCAACAGUGCCGCUGCCAAAGGCAAUUCAGGACUGUCCGAUAGGCGCAGGGCUUGAUAAAUUCCGCAACGAUUUCAGUGACCUAUAUGAGGAUGUGGGCAAUAAUAUUUCCGUCGAGGCACGAGGCCGAUUAGCAGAUGAUAUAAAGCCUUUACUCGCCCUCCUGAACGCUCUGCAAAAUCUUCCAGCCUGUCUUGUUCUAUCUUCAAGACUUGGCGGUAAGAACCUGUACGGUGAUCUGUUGAAACUUGCAGGAGCAAUCAAUGCCGAUGAUUUUGAUUUGGAACGAAUAAUCCCUCUUCUUCAAGCGGUUUUUCGGAAAGAACCCGACGAUGUUAUCUGGAAGAGUGUCUACGCCGCCGUUGCCGAGUCCACCCCGCCUCCUACCCUCACCCUCACGUCAUCCAUCCCACAAACACCACUGCUGCGCACCACAGGCAGCUUUUCGAACACGACCGAACGCCGCAAACAUAUCGACGGGGUGCUGAAGGAAGAGCUAGGGAAAAUGCACGUUGGGAUACCCGGGUUCUUUGAAGCGUUCUUCGGAGAAUUUGCCGGUCGCAGCUCAGCAGCACAGGCAGCGUUUGAUAAGUGUGAGGAAGGAGAUGACCCGCUCUUCCGAGAGGGGAGCGGCUGGCGGGGAUGGCCUGAGCAGGCGGAGGAAAGCCAUGUCUUGAAGUGGCUUGCCGUGCUUCUAGACAAGCUUUUGGGUUUUGCGGAAGAGCAUCAGCCAGGCUGUAGGACUCAACGCCGGCCAUUGGCACAGCCUUGCAAACCUUUGGCAGGUUCUACUGCUUCCCGCAAGCUGGAUAUUGGCUUUGUGGACGAUCCGAAUGCUGGCGUGAAUUCAAAGUGCCAUUGGUCGCAUAUCCUUGUGCCUGGGGAGCUCAAAAGAAAUCCAAAAGCUGACAACCUCGGGAAUGCUUGGUUUGAUAUUGGCCGGUACGCGAGGGAGGUACUUGCUGCUCAAGACAGCCGCCGCUUCGUCCUUGCUUUCACUCUUUGCGGACCCAUGAUGCGGCUGUGGGAAAUUGACCGACUUGGCGGUAUCGCCUCGGCGCCAUUCGACAUCAAUAAGGAUGGCCGACAGUUUGCAACUGCAAUGCUUGGGUUUCUCUGGAUGAGCCAAGAGCAGCUAGGCUUCGACCCUACUGUCAUCAUGGCAGGAAAUAAGCGGUACAUUGAGAUUGAACGAGGCGACCGCAAAGAGCGCCUUGUCGUUGAUGAAGUGAUAAAACGGGUGCCCUGCGUCGCCGGUCGAGCAACAACGUGCUGGAGAGUCCAUCAGAUAGACGACCCCAAGACGCCGCUUGUUGUCAAGGAUUCCUGGCAGUUUCCGGAGCGCAAUGAGGAGGGCGAAUUGCUUCGUCUGGCAGCUGAGAAGAAGGUGGUGAAUGUUGCAAGGUACUUUCACCACGAGACGGUUCGAGUAGGUGGUCAAGACGACGAUAUCCGCGGAAAUGUACGGAAAGGCUUAGACAUCACAAAAGCGACCAACCACAAGUCGGAGAAGCAGACGGCGCGCUCCAGCACAACCGGACGCCGGGCCUCACAGAGGGACGGAAGCAGCGGCGUCGCCAGGCGUAAGCGAUCGUCAAGCUGCACCGGCGCAUCGCUGCCGCCUAGCAAGCGCAGCCGUUCAAACACCCCAUCAGAGCCUGUAAUCCCCAAUCGGGUCCAUCGUCGCGUUAUUGUUUACGACUACGGGAAGCCUAUCUACAAGGCGAGCUCCCUCGUAUCUCUUCUUGCUGCACUAGAAGGCUGCAUCGAGGGCUACGAGUCGUUGCACGCACGAGCUGGCCUCCUCCAACGCGAUAUUUCGCCGAACAACCUCUUGGUGAACGAAGAUGAAGAAAACCCUUCCUGGCCGUCUUUCUUGAUCGACCUCGAUGUUGCAGUCGAAGAAAAGCGCGAGAAGGCCUCAGGAGCUCGUGCGAAGACUGGCACGUGGCCUUUUUUGGCCAUUGGGAUCCUUUACGGCACCGAACAGCAUUCAUUUAUGCACGAUUUGGAGUCGUUCUUCUGGGUUCUCUUCUGGAUAUGCAUCCACUAUGACGGGCCGGGUAAUAGCAUUGGGCCAACGCGGUAUGAGGAAUGGAACUACCAGAGCGACAGAGAGCUGGGUAAAUUAAAGGCCGGUACUGUUUCCUCUGAGAGAGAUUUCCUCAAGGAGACACAGGAUUACUUUACGCCCUAUUACCAACCCCUGAUUCCAUACGUCAAUCGAUUGCGAAGGACGGUGUUUCCUGGCAAUAAUAGGUGGACAAAACCAAACCCGAAUCUGUACCUUGAGAUGAAGGAAGUAUUGCGGGCGGCGCAAGAUGACCUAGAAGGACGGUAG